AUGGCGGCCGCGCCCGGCGACGAGGUUCCGACGCCUGUGGCUGGCUGGUCCUCGCUACCGACCGACCUCGUGCGCCGCAUCGCCGACUGCCUCCUCGACACCAACGACGUCGACUGCUAUGUGGACCUCCGCGCCGUCUGCCACAACUGGCGCUCCGCCACCGAAGACCCUAGGACCGACGCGUCCGACCCUCGCUUCUACCCGCGCUUCUGGAUAGUCCUCGACGACGACGGGGCCUUCCAGAGCGACGGCUGCCGGGUCUUGGUGAACACCGCCACCGGCCGCUUCCUCCGCAAGCAGCUUCCGCUGCCCCGCCACUACUACGUGGUCACCACCACUGUCAACGGCUUCUUCGUCCUGGCCGACAGGAGCCCACCUCAGGCCGCUCGCGUCCUCAACCCUCUCACAGGCGCCGUGGUCGUUUUCAAGGCGCCCGUGCCCCGGGACGCAUCCGUUGCCGUUUUCUUCUCCUGUGGCGGCACUGCGCACAAUCUCACCGUGCUCUGCGACUCAACUCGUAAGUAUUACACGGCUGUUCCGGACAGGGAAAGUUUCAUCGCCGGGGACAUCAACGAUGUUUUUUACCAUUAUAUGAGGAAGGUGGUGGUCUGCAGCGUCUACUCCAAUGGUGCUGGUUGGGUAUCCGUGGCGCAGUCUAAUGUCAUCAUGGAGUAUUUGCUCGAUUUGUCAGAGAAGCUUCAGAUUGAUGUCGUCAAGUUUUUCUCUCUCGACCCUCUUGGAGAUCACAGCGACGUCCGUUGUUUCCUACUGCAUUUUGGUGGGGAAGUCUUUUUCAUCACAAUGGCAUUAGAACGCGUUGCGCUUCUCGGCAUGGAGCCAACGGAGAAACAGGCGCUCACGCCUGUGAAGACCGUGGGCAGGUACGCCAUCUUCAUCGGCCAUCAAAGGUGCCUGGUUGUUGAUGCCGCUAAGUUCCCAUCCGUCGAGGCAGACUGUGUCUACUACACCCAAGACGUUGGUAAAUUUGCUUUCAUCUGGAAGCACAACACCAGAGAUGGGAAAGACGAGAGGGUGUAUGAUGACAUCAAUUUCGUCAAGGAGGACAAGCAGUUUGUCUUCUCCGGCCCCCGUCCUUUCACCAUCAUCCAGCUUCUCUCGAGCUACACCAUCAACCUCAGUAAUUCUGAAUUUGUCUGACAGGAAAUCUCGGAAGGCGCCGACAACUCUACUUUAUCUAGUUUAACUCGCUCCCUUCCAC